CACAUCGUUUCUACACGGCUUCGUUAAUCGGACGUACACGCACAACUAUAACUGGUUUCUGUAAUCCACUUGAGUUAAUACAAAUACUAAAGAUUUGAUAUUCAAGAUUAUAACUAUAGAUCACAAGUAAACAGCACCAUUCUUUAGACUGUAUUUAUUUUAUUACAAUUUAAUAAAUCAUGUCCAACGCUAAUUGUUCGCUACGGAUCCUAUGUAUUCACGGCUAUCGGCAAAACAGUACCUCUUUCCAAAAGAAAACUGGAGCUUUGCGAAAACAAUUGAAAAAACAGGUUGAAUUGGUGUAUAUUGAUGCUCCACACAAAGUCCCGACUAGUGACGAAUCCCAGCUACAAGAGAAGCCUGCAGAUGUCAAUGGUGAUCAGAGGGGCUGGUGGUUCUCUGAUUAUCAGAAUUGCAGCUUUGAUGCCAGGCAGGAGUGUGAGAGCAGUCUUGGUUUGGAGCAGAGUCUGGAGGCUGUGCGGAUGGCAGUAAAAAACCUGGGUCCCUUUGAUGGCAUCUUGGGCUUUAGUCAAGGUGCUGCUUUGGCAGCCAUGCUGUGUUCACUGCAGGAGCAGAAACUAGAACCUACCUUUAACUUUCGCUUUGCCAUCUUGGUUGCUGGAUUUCGCAGUGCCUGUGCUCAGCAUCAGUACCUUUACAAGGGUGUGAAUGUCAUGGUGCCCUCACUACAUGUGUAUGGGAAGGAUGAUAAGGUUAUUCCAGAACAGAUGAGUCAAGACCUGCUGCCCCUUUUUCAAGGAGCCCAUGUGCUUAAUCACCAAGGUGGCCAUUUUGUCCCUGCUGCCUCUGCACACAAACACAUCUACCAGGAGUUCCUAACGAGUUUUCAGUAGGAGGACAAGCACAGCAAAAUACAGCCACAACGUUUAUGAAUGUAAUUCAAUUAAAUUUUAUUUAUAAUGCAUUUUAACAAUGGGCAUUGUCCCAAAGCAGCUUAGAGAAAUAAAUAGAUUACAAAUAUAAUAAAGAAUUCUUCAGAGGAACCAGACUCAAACUCAUUUUCAUCUGGGUCACACUAAAUGUUAUUUCAUUAUAGUUCCAUCAUUGUUGAAGUUAUCUGUUCACCGAUGGGCACACUUGAAUGCAAAAUUAUUUAUGCCAAUUGAAACCUUGUUUUUGAGACUUGUAAUUGAGACUUAGUCAUUUUACCAGACUCUUUGCAUUAAUUUCAGUCCAAAUCUAUCCUCAGUAGCAUCUUUAUAGAUAUUUAGAGUGUACAUGUGGAAACAUCCUCUGAGCAGCGAUUGGUCUCGAUUUGAAGAGAACUUCCCCCAGAGGAAGGGUGUCAAAAUGUUUUAGGCAGGUCCAGAAAGAAGAAUGGGACAGGAUCAGUGUUAUCUCAGGAGCAUGUUUAACUUGACAGAAAGAGAGACAGAGGGUAAGAAAGAAACAUACAUUAGUAAGUCUCCUUAUUGUUCCACAAUUGUUAUGGACACUGCAAUAUAAUCAGGGUGUAAGAGGGGACUUUGGCAAAACUAGCUAUGAUAGCAUAACUAGAAGGGAUAAAAACCCACCACACAACUGUUAACAGAAUUGAGUAAACUAGUGUGAGUGGGGGUUGACAGCAUCCAAAUCUCCCAGUUCACAAAAACAAACUUAUAUACAUGAUCCCCCAGAUCUUAGCCUAAGAAUUUCUUAUUCACAUAAGGCUUGCCUCAACAAAUAUGUUUUGAAUGUGGAUUAAAUUCUGAGACUGUCUGUGUCCUGAACACUGGAAGACUGGUAGAUCGUAAUCAACCAAUUUUCAGGUACUGCAAGACCAUUCAGUGCUUUAUACAUCAAUAGUACUAUUUUAUAAUUAAUGUGAGACCUGACUGGGAGCCAUUUUAAUGUUUAUAAAACAGAGGGCGAUGUGGUCAUAUAUUUUAAAUCUGGUAAUAACAAAAUUCUGGUCUUAUUGGAGCAUAUUUAUGCACUUAGUAGAACAUUCUGACAGUAAGGCAUUCCCUUAGUCCAACCUAAAUGUAACAAAGGAACUUCAAAGAAAACUUGGAGUAAAUAAUCACACCAAGGUCUAUCACUGUUGCAUAUGAUAAGACAGAAAGACCAUCCAAAAAUACUAUGUAAUCAGAACGCUUACAACUAGCUGUUUGUGGUUAUAGUAAAAGUACUUUCUGUGAAGUACUUUUACUAUAAGUAUUCAGAAUGUGGAGGGGUGAUCUCAGGUAAGGGGUGACCAUUACUGGAUACUGGUGACAGAUUGGAUGGUUUGAAUAUUCUGGAAACUGCUUGGACUAUAUGUAUAGAACAUUUCAGACAUAUUCUUAAAACUGGGCUUAAACUUAAAGACUUCAGUGUAAAAAAAUUUGUAAAACUGUGAACUUUAUUUAAGAACCUAAAAUCAACUUUUAGAAAAGACUGACUGUUGUUCUGACUGAGGUGGCACUUACGUAUUGUGAAGUGUGGACUACAGUGAUAAAACUGCUUACAACCGCUUAAUCAGCCCACAGAUGUAAAGACCUGCAGAUGUAAAAGUCACAUGACAUAAUUUAUAAAUGAUUAACACACUAAAAACUAACAUUUUGAAAUGUAUUUAAAUUGUUUUAAUAUGCAUUUAUACAUGAAAAUAUAAUGUUAAAGUAAUAAAGCUGUGUAGGUGUUUCUAAAAGAAAUCGAUUCAAAAAGUAACUCAAGAAGAAAUGUUCUUUUAGUGCAGUCGGUCCUCAAAUGGAAAGCAGUAAAAAGAAGGUGAUUAACAUUAAGUAAAAAAAAAUAGUAUUGUUGUUAAUACUUAAGCUAGUCCACUUAACAAAUAUUUUCUUCUGCUCCUCUGUCUUUUCUGCAUCCUAUAGAUCAGGGGUCACCAACGUGGUUCCCGCAGGCACCAAGUCGCCCGCAAGGAACACAUGAUUCGCCCGCGAGCCUUUUCUAAAAAUAUCUGUUUCCUACCUUGUUAAAUCAUUGUUGAUAAUUAUUGUGAGAAAACAUUAACAUGAUCAUUGUCUUCACAUAGAUCAGGGGUUUCAAACUCUGUCAAAUCCGGCCCGACGUACAAUUAUAUCCGGCCCGCGAGAUGAUUUUAUAUAGAUCUAUUAUUAUUGUUAUUAAUGACCCGGCGAUAUGAAGCGCUGAUAACACAAACUACAGAUCCCAUAAUGCAGCGCUUCAGCUGCCUUACCAAACGCUAGACUACUGUUACAAUAUGUUAUUUAAGGUUUGCAAGAUGUGACAUAUCAUGUAGUAUAAGGAGUACAAGUUGUGUAUGUGAACUCAGAGAAAGCUACUAAGUGCCGAACAUGGAGGGUGCAUUCGGAUUGAAUCCGCCAGCGAAUUUUGACUGGAAUACAACGUGCAUACCCAAAGCUUGUAAAGCAUGGGAAGAGGAGUUUUCCUUGUACUUGGAUUUAUCGCUUGCAGAUGCGGAUGACAAAACGAAAGUUAAUAAAAGUUCCAAUAUCUAAUCGGAGAAACAGGGAGAGAACUGAGUAAGACGCUGCGCGCGGCUCACACAGCAGAUAGAGAACCGACGUUGGGAUGGCUGUUAACCGCGUUCAGAAACCACUGCAAUUCGGCACCGAAUGAGACAGUGAAAAGGUACAAAUUUUUCUCCAGAAAUCAGAAUUCAAGCGAAAUAAUUGAUAAAUACGUUACGGAUUUUAAGUGCUGGCAGACACGUGUAAUUUCGGGUCGGCUAGAGACUCUUUGAUUAGAGACAGAAUAGUGUGUGGCAUACUGAACUUACAUGUGAGAGAAUGUCUAUUAAGAGAGUCUGACCUGACACUUGAGAAAUGCGUGAGGAUAUGUAGAGCAUCAGAACUGUCAAAAGAGAAUAUGAUGACAAUCGAGGGACAGAAAGCUGAAGAAGUGCACGCAGUACAGAGUCAAACAAGCUCCUGGGACAAAGUGUAAAUUCUGUGGAAAACAGCAUGAGUGGAAAAAAUUAAGCUGCCCAGCUUAUGGAAAGCAGUGCAGAAAAUGUGGCAAGAUGAACCAUUUUGCAACGACAUGCAAAACAAAAGAGACUAAGAGAAAAGGAAUACACAGUGUUGCAGAAAUGGAAGAGGAACUGUUUCAGGAAAUCCUUAGCCUCAGUUCACAAAAGAGGGAGGACAAGCAGGAGAAACAACUGUUUGCAACCAUGCUGAUAGGAGAAAGACCAGUAAGAUUUCAACUAGACUGCGGAGCCAGUUGUAACGUAAUUCCCAUUCAGCUGUUACACCCGGAUACAGUGAUGGAAAAGACUGAACAGAUCCUGGUCAUGUACAAUAAGAGCACACUGAAACCUGUAGGUAAAUGCAGAAUAAAAAUAAGAAACCCCAGAAACAGAAAACUCUACCGGCUGGAAUUCAUUGUAGUGCAGGGAAGCUCGUCAAUGCCGCUGCUAGGAAACAAGGCAGUGCAAGCAAUGGAUUUGGUAAGAAUACAGCAUGAAAAUAUUAUGGCGAUUUAUAAUAUUGUUACCACAGUGAGUCGCAAAGAAAAGAAUCAGUGGGACAAGAGUGACAUGCAUAGAGAGUAUGCUGAUGUACUUGAAGGAGAUGGAUGCCUGGAAAGAGAAUAUAACCUAUAAAUGGAUCCUGCAGUUAAACCAGUUAGGCUUCCAAAGCGAAGAGUUCCAGUGGCUCUGAUGAAACAUCUAAAGGAUGAGCUGGGGGACCUGGUGAAGAGAGGCAUCAUAGCUCAUGUAGAAAAGAGCACAGAUUGGAUUAGCAGCAUGGUGGUGGUAAAGAAACCAUCAGGAAAGCUAAGAAUUUGCAUUGACCCGAGACCACUUAACAAAGCAUUAAAGCGUCAACACUUUCCCUUGCCCACCAUAGAUGAUGUUCUUUCUGACCUGACCAAAGCGAGAGUCUUUACCGUUUGUGACGUGAAGGACGGGUUCUGGCACAUUAAGCUUUCAGAAGAGUCAAGCUAUCUCACUACCUUGGCAACGCCAUGUGGCAGGUAUAGAUGGACUAGAAUGCUCAUGGGGAUCAGCCCUGCUCCUGAGGUGUUCCAACACAGGUUGACUCAGGCAUUGGAGGGGCUCCCAGGAAUACAGAUAAUAGCAGAUGACAUCCUUGUUUGUGGAGAAGGUGACAAUGAUGAAGCAGCUGAGAAAGAUCAUGACGCAAAAUUAAGACAGCUGCUGGACCGUUGUAGAAACAGAAACAUCAAACUAAACUUCAGCAAACUCAAGCUGAGACAGAAAGAGGUGCUAUACAUUGGACACAGACUGACUUCUGAAGGACUAAAGAUUGAUCCAGAGAAGGUGAGAGCCAUAGUGGAGAUGCCCAGACCAUCAGAUGUGAAAGGACUCCAGAGAUUAUUGGGUAUGGUGAACUAUUUGUCCAAAUUUUGCCCACACUUAUCAGACAGCUGUGACACGUUGAGACAACUGACACAUAAAGACACUGUUUGGGAGUGGACUGAUGUACAGGAAGUAGCAUUCAACAAACUGAAACAAAUGGUUGCGUCAGCACCUGUUUUGAAGUACUACAACCCAGAUGACAACCUUGUUCUUCAGUGUGACUCCUCGGAGUCAGGACUGGGUGCUGCACUUUUGCAGGCAGGACAACCAGUUGCUUAUAGCAGCAGGGCCCUUACACCGACAGAAAAGGGAUAAGCACAAAUAGAAAAAGAAUGCCUGGCAAUCCUUUUUGGAAUGGAGAAAUUCCACCAGUAUACCUAUGGCAGGAAAGUAGAAGUGCAUUCAAACCACAAACCCUUAGAGACAAUUGUAAGAAAGCCAUUGCUCAAUGCACCUAAGAGAUUGCAGAGAAUGCUUUUGAGACUACAGCGAUAUGACAUUAAUGUUGUCUAUGUACCUGGUCGACUAAUGCAUUUAGCAGACACUUUCAGCAGAGCGUACCUACCAGAGUGUGCUGCAGAGGGAUCACUAGAGACAGAAAUUGAGACAAUCAACAUGUUGCACUACCUGUCCAUAUCAGAAGGGAUUCUAGAAAAGAUACAGAGAGAAACUGCUAAGGAUGAAACACUUCAGAAAACUCAGCUGGAAGAAGAGGCAAGACAAUUCUUUUCUGUAAAAGAAGAGCUCAGUGUUCAAAAUGGAGUGAUUUUUAGAGGAGAGAGAGCUCUAAUACCAGCAACGCUGAGGACCGAGAUUGUGUAGAGGAUACAUGCAUCACACCUAGGCAUUGAAAGUUGCUUGCGCGGAGCAAGAGACUGUGUAUACUGGCCUGGGAUGAGUGCUGCUAUCAGAUCAUACAUCGGAAAAUGUGCUGUUUGCAGAACUAUUGAUGUUCGACAGCAGAAAGAGACAGUGUGUGCACAUGACAUUCCUAUGAGGCCUUGGGCAAAAGUGGGAACAGAUUUAUUCUCAUUUAACAACAGAGCAUAUCUCAUCACAGUUGACUAUUUCUCCAACUUCUGGGAAAUUGAUUGUCUCCCUGAUACCAGCUCAGGAGUAGUGAUACACAAGUUAAAGGCCCAUUUUGCACGACACGGCAUCCCAGGCACAGUAAUCUCUGAUAACGGGCCACAGUACAGCUCUCAGGAAUUCAGACGGUUCAGUACUGCUUGGGAAUUUAGACAUGUGACGUCAUCUCCGGCGUAUCCGCAAAGCAACGGCAAAGCCGAGUCUGCUGUAAAGAUGGCCAAACAGCUCAUGGGAAAGGCAAAGAGAGCAAAGACUGACCCAUACCUGGCUAUUCUAGAACACAGGAACACCCCAUCUCAGGGAUUCAAUGCCAGCCCUGCCCAAAGACUCAUGAGCAGAAGAACUAAGACAUUACUGCCAACACAUAACAGUCUUCUGAAGCCAGAUAUUGUAAACACAGAGCAGGCUAUGAAAGACAACCAAUGCAAACAGGCCUUCUACUACAACAGAGGAGCGAAAGAUCUUAGACCUCUGCAUGAAGGUGAACAAGUAAGAGUUCAGUUGGUCACGAAACCUAGAGCACAUUGGUUGCCGGCAAAGGUUGAAAGAAUGUCCAACAACAGAUCGUACACUGUGAAGCUGGAAAAUGGAACGGAGAAAUCGGAAACAUCUCAGGACUGUGCCUGGAGGACUGCAGAGAGCGGUCUCAACAAACACAAGUGUCAACUUUGAUCAGACCAACUAGAGGAUUCUUACCGAUAAGGGACAUUCAAAAGCAGUACCAGAGUCAAGCACAACACACACAGAUGCUAGCAAUAGAGUUGUGACAACUAGAAGUGGCAGAAUGAUUGUGUUAUUGUUCUUAAGUCACAAACAUGCUAUUUUUAACAUACGGUUUAUGUGAUUUGAAGUUUGCAAUUGUUGAAUUGUUAGGCUUGUGUUUAUUUUGAAGAAGAGAAA